AUGUCAUCACCACCUGUCACCGACACCACCAAACUACCGUCACCGUCACCGUCACCGCCGUCGGGUACAAAUGCUAUUUUGUUAAAAAGGUAUCAUUUAGUUACCGUUAGGCUUCCACAUCAGAUUGUCCCAAAAAUAACGAGUACCCACCGACUUGAAGAUGACCCAGAAGCUUUACUUGAAGCUGUUGCCAUGGCUGGUCUUGUUGGUGUUCUUCGUCAACUCGGUGACCUUCCUGAGUUUGCAGCAGAGAUAUUCCAUGGUUUGCAUGAAGAAGUGAUGGUAACUGCUGCUAGGGGCCAUGGUCUACUUGUACGUGUUCAACAGGUUGACUCAGAUUUUCUUGCAAUUGAAAGGGCAUUCCUGUCCCAAACAGACCAUUCGGCAUUCUUCUCCAGCUCAGGUAUUAGUUGGCAUCCUCAUCAGCAAAUGGAGCAAAGUAUGAUCACCAAAGGAGAUUUACCUCGGUUUGUCAUGGAUUCUUAUGAAGAAUGUCGUGGUCCACCUCGGUUAUUUCUUCUAGACAAGGAUUCGCUGAGGGACUCAGCGAGUGACUCGUUCAGCGAGCUCUCAGCGAGCACAUGCAUCUGCAAGCAUGAUCUAUCUUCAAAGUCUAAAGGAUAUGUUCAAUGACUCAUCGUCCAGUAUUUGUAAGUCAAAUAUGAGCGGGAAUUU